AUGAUCCUAGGCCCCAUGUUUGCUGGGAAGAGCACAGAACUAAUGCGAAGAAUGCGUAGACACAAACUCGCGAAUCUUCAAUGCAUCAUCAUCAAAUACGAAAAAGAUCUCCGUCACGGUGAGGGGUUAGAUAAGCUUGCCACACAUGAUAAUCAUAGGGUUGCUGCUGUGCCUUGCUCGCGAUUGUACGAUCUUUUCAAAGAAGCUUCGAGCAUGGACGUGAUAGGAAUCGACGAAGCUCAGUUCUAUCCGGAUCUUGUUGCCUUUUGCGAAGAACUUGCUGAGAUGGGAAAGAUUAUCAUUCUCUCAGCACUUGAUGGCGAUUUCCGACGCGAACCGUUUGGGGCAGUGACGAGUCUUGUGCCCAAAGCAGAGAGUAUCAUCAAACUAACAGCUGUAUGCAAGCUUUGUCAUCAGGAGGCUUCUUUUACUCGCCGGACAACAGCCGAUGUCGCGCUCGAGGCCAUUGGAGGUGAAGAGAUGUACAUGCCCACCUGUCGAAAGUGUUUUCGGGCACCUUUGCCUUCACGGGAGACAGGAGGGGAGUGA